AUGAGUCGCUCACGAGCCGCACUUUUCGUCUUGGUUGUCGCAGCUCUCUUCUACUUGAUUUCGGUUUGUCCAGCUCAAGUACUCCGACUGAGUCCUGGCCAACACAAGCUCAGUGUCCCAGCCAACAUCACGCGCGGUAUCCCUUUCGAGGUCACCUAUCGGUACAAGCCCGACAGGAAGGGGCAAAGCUACCUCUAUGCAAUGUAUGGCCUUGACAAAGACCAUGUUGACCGCUACCCGGCCCUCGGGUUCCCCGCUUUCAUCCAUUCGGACGGCUCCCCCGAUCAAGGCAUCGCUCUGCCCCUAAUCGACUCUGAUGCUCAGGAGGUAGCAGAGUUCACUUGGACGCUGCUCCUUCCCAACAGUGACGCGGACAGUAUGGGGAAAUAUUUGGACGGAAAGGCGAUACUGGGCGUGGCCCUCUAUGGAGUCAGGGGCAUCAGGAUGCUUCCCAUCAUUGCGCACGCCAAUGCGACCACCUUCGUCUCUGGUGAAUGA